GAGAGAAAGGUCUUCCUUUUGCUGUUGGUUCACCCUCCAAUGGCCACCACGGCUGGUGCGCUCUGAUCGGCGCACCACGCUGACCCAAAGCCAGGAGCCAGGUGCUUCUCCUGGUCUCCCAUGGGGUGCAGGGCCCAAGCACUUGGGCCAUCCUCCACUGCCUUCCCGGGCCACAGCAGAGAGCUGGCCUGGAAGAGGGGCAACCGGGAAAGAAUCCGGUGCCCCGACCGGGACUAGAACCCGGUGUGCCGGCGCCACUAGGUGGAGGAUUAGCCUAUUGAGCCGCGCCGGCCCACAUUUGCUUUUACAUUUAGACACUUACAUUAGCUGAAGAUCUACAAGGCACUACAAGAUUUACUUUUAGUGCUAGAAGACUACAACCUAAAAAUACUCCACCAGUCAGAUCCACUUAAACCUAAGUUUAACGAUCACUUAAACCUAAGUUGGAGCAAGUUUUAUACUUUUGGAAGCAUAGCAUGAGCUCAAGACGACUUAGUGCACUUGGCGUGCUCGGUGUGCUUGGUGGAACACACAGUGUUGUGCAGUGCCAGGAUACUUGGGUGGCUCUCCUAAGAAAGCCUGGGUGAUGGCUUUCUUAUCUGUGGCAAACAAUGCACUUCACAAGAUGGCAGUUUUGCAACCUAGGGUUAUAGAACAAACAUCUCAAUCUCUUAAGCAAAAAGAAACAAGUGCCUCACUAAAAUAUGGCAAUAUUAGCCUGGUUUAAACCUUCACAACAAUAUUACAAGUGGGAAAUGUAAAAAAGCAAUAGUAACAGAGCCAGACUGAAUAGCCAGCUAUCAUCCUAGUGCUACUGAACAGAUUUAUAGUGAAGACUCCACCUACCAUGGUAAGUAAUACGUACAUCGAGGGAAACGUAGCCAGAGCUUCUGUGUCAGAUUGGCUUGUUCCCUUUCUGUCCUUUCCUUUAUAGACUCUGAGCCCCUUCAGGUAUUACUUUCUGUACCCACAACUCUGAUAUCAAUAUUGAUCCUGAUAUACGUCAUGCUGAUCUUAAUGGGUAAUAAUUACACCUUCUGUCCAGACAGAAACUGUAAACAAAAUAUCAGUGUCACGAUCUCACAUGAUUGUAGGAUAAUUAACAAUUAUACUUUGUGCCUGAUGGAAACCUUCCUCUGGAAUGACUGUAUGGGAGUAGAACACUUGAGUGCUGGAGCUGAUUUCCUGAGACCAGCCACUGGACAUCUUCCACAGGAAGCAGUGGAACAAAUCCUUCCACGUAGUCAUUACCUUACACCAAACAUUAAUCACAAUAUUUGUGCGAGUCUUGCUAAGAUACUCUACUAUGAAUUUGGAUGUUGGACAAAUUUUGUGUAUAAAAGACAUAGAACUCAACAAUCCAUACACAACAUUGCCUGAGAUAUACUUACCUUUCCCACAUCCUUCUGUGUUUCCAUUGCUUUCUGAGAUAUUAUAGUGUAUAAUCUACUUCUGAUUCUUCUUUCUUGCUUUCCUUACUAUUAUUGCCACUAAGCCACUUAUAAUUCAUUAUGCAAUCCCUAGAGCACAUCUUCUUGAGUAGGGGAAAAUGGAAUUCCAUGCAGGUCUGUGAUGGUGUGUGCAGGAGCCCAGGCACUUGGGCCAUCCUGUGCUAUUCUCCUAGGUGCAUUAGCAGUGAGCACCACCAGAAGUGGAUCAUUGAGGACUCAAGCCACCAGCCUAGAAAACAGCAGCUUUAUCCCCUGCACCAUAAGGCUCUUCCCCCCACCCAGCCGAGCCUUUUGCAGGGAGGUCCCUUCCUAGCCAAUGCUCAUACCAGACCUUGUGUCUGCAGCACCCAGCCACACCCAUCUCCCCUUUCCUACCUCUUGUUUUGUUUCUCCCUGCUCGUAGGCCCUGGUAGAGCCGUCUUAAGCAGCUGCCAAAGGAGGGCCUGUGCUGGGCCUGGGCUCAGGGAACCCAGACCCUUCCUGAGCUGGCCUUGGGGGAGGAGUCGGGGGAGGUCCUGGAGCAGGAGGUUGAACCCGUGGCAGGUGCCGGUGAGGAGGCCUCAGACAGCUGUGGGCUUCCCAGGAGGCAGAGGCCCAGAGGUUGGCGUAAUGUACACUUCUGGCGUGUUCUGGUGUCUGUCACCAAGGAGAUGCUGUGAUUUAAGCUGAGGUUCAGAGUAGAAAGGGAGUGACAUCCCCUCCAUCAACAUACCCUCGACCAGGCCCUUUGUGGCUGAUGGAGGUGAGAGUGGACAUCCUGGACUUGUUAGAGGUGUUCUUGUUAGUAAUGACGAUCUGAUCACAAACAAGAUAAAGCUCACCAUCAUAUAUGGUGCAACCCAAGUUGUCCAGAUUUCUGAGUGUGCAGGAGUGCUCGUUGGACGUGGUUGUACAUGAACCUAUGGAAAAUGUAGCUGCUGUGGUCCCACAGGCGGGCACUGGCCUAGGGAAGCCAAGAUGACCCAUGGAGCUGCCCUGGGUCAUCCUUUGAUCUCCUACUAUUGGGUCUGACCCCUGAAUCCAACACCAUGGGUGCCUUUGAGGCCUCCCUGUGACAGGCUUGGGCUGGUCAGAGACUCAGAGUGGCUACCGGGGCCUGGCUAAGGCUCUGCAUGAGUCCUGGGAUUGGCUCCACCUGCUGGUGACUCCUGGGAAUGUAUUCAGGACCCUUGCAAAGGAAGCAUUGAUGGGAGCUGGACACCGAGACUCCCAGAGGGUCCCAGUGUGAGAGGGCAUCCUGAGGUUUCCGUGACCACUGAGGGAGCCAGGGUCUGGCCUGGGUCAGACGUGAAAACCAAGAAGGGCGUUGUCACCCAGUCACAGUGCAGCCUGGGAACUGUCCAUAGAAGCAUCCCUCUAAAACAUGUUUUUAAAUUGUUUACUUGUAAGAUGAGAGAGGGUUGGAGGGAGAGAGAUACCGAUUUUCAACCACUAAGGAGUCUGGGCUUUGGUUUUCUUAGUAGAGAGAUGAGGACCUGGCUGGACUGGUGGGACCUGGAAGCCACAGGACACUUUGUUGUCCCAGUGGCCUGAUCCCCACGCCCUCAUCGACCCUGCUCCAAGCCCAGCUCGGUCCCUCUGAAGUCCCUCCCUGAUGGUCGAUGAGACCCGCUAGAAUCCAGCCAUACCCACUUGGAACAUCGGGCAUCCACAGGGAGAGCUGAGACCUCCUCUCUCAAGGGCAUAGAGUCGUUCCCAGGCCCCCAGAGGGGUGGCGAGAGGCUGAAGGCACCCCUGGGCCAUCCCAGGACCAUGGUCCACUGCGUUCAAGGAAGCCAGGCUGACGCAGCACUACAGCCACACUCCUUGUGGCUGCUGGCCAGACUUGAGUCCCACCCCCCUGGUGCUGAUUGGCCAGGUCUGGUUCUGGGGGUGGGGCCAGGAACCCUCCUGCAGUCCCGGUGGUGGCUGUGCAGGGUCAGGAGCACUGGAGUCAUGACUGCCAUUGCAGAGGCUUCGGGAACCCACACUGGGGGCUGCGAGGACAUGGGGCGAGCCUGGUGGAUACCAGUCCCGCCUCUGUCUUUGCUCUUUCUGCUGUUCAGGGCAGCGCACAGCACACACGCUGCAGGAUACCAGACAUGCCCCACGGUGCAGCCGGACAUGCUGAACGUUCACCUGCUGCCCCACACACAUAAUGAUGUGGGCUGGGUCAAGACAGUGGACCAGUACUACUAUGGGGUUCGGAAUGAGCUCCACCACGGGGCUGUGCAGUACAUCCUGGACUCGGUCAUUUCCGCCCUGCGGGCAGAGCCCAGCCGCAGGUUCGUCUACGUGGAGAUGGCCUUCUUCUCCCGUUGGUGGCACCAGCAGACGAACGCAACCCAGCAAGCCGUGCGGGAGCUGGUGCGCCAGGGGCGCCUGGAGUUUGCCAACGGUGGCUGGGUGAUGAACGACGAGGCGGCCACCCACUAUGGCGCCAUCGUGGACCAGAUGACGCUGGGGCUGCGCUUCCUGCGGGACACGUUCGGCGACGACGGGCGCCCCCGUGUGGCCUGGCACAUCGACCCCUUUGGGCACUCUCGGGAACAGGCUUCGCUCUUUGCGCAGAUGGGCUUUGAUGGCAUCUUCUUGGGACGUGUGGAUUACCAAGACAAAGAGCUGCGGAAGAUAAAGCGGGAGCUGGAGCUGGUGUGGCGGGCCAGUGCCAGCCUGCAGCCCCCGACCGCCGACCUCUUCACUGGUGUGCUCCCAAAUGUUUACGACCCCCCGAGGUAUCUGUGCUGGGAUAGGUUAUGUGAUGACAAGCCUGUGGUGGACAACCCCAACAGCCCUGAGCACAGCUCCAAGGAACUGGUUGAUUACUUCCUCAACUUGGCCACUACCCAGCACCGGUCCUACCGCACCAAGCACACCGUGAUGACCAUGGGUGGUGACUUCUAUUAUGAGAACGCAGACAUGUGGUUCAAGAACCUCGACAAGCUCAUCCGGCUGGUCAACGCACAGCAGGCAAAGGGGAGCCGCGUCCACGUGCUCUACUCCACCCCCGCCUGUUACCUCUGGGAGCUGAACAAGGCCAACCUCACCUGGUCGCUGAAGGAGGACGACUUCUUCCCAUACGCCGAUGGCCCCCACCAGUUCUGGACCGGCUACUUCUCCAGCCGGCCGGCCCUCAAGCGCUAUGAGCGCGUCAGCUACAACUUCCUGCAGGUGUGCAAGCAGCUGGAGGCGCUGGCGGGCCCGGCGGCCAACGUGGGGCCCUAUGGGUCGGGAGACAGCGCUCCCCUAGAUAAAGCCAUGGCGGUGCUUCAGAACCACCAAGCGGUCAGUGGCACCUCCAGCCAGCAGGUGGUAGACGACUAUGCGCGCCAGCUUGCUGCGGGCUGGAGGCCCUGCAAGGUUCUCCUGAGCAACGCCCUGGCGCGGCUCAGCGGCUCCCAGGAGGCUUUCUCCAUCUGCCCGGAGCUCAACAUCAGCGUCUGCCCGCUCAGCCAGACGUCGGCGCGCUUCCAGGUCGCCAUUUACAACCCCCUGGCCCGGAAGGUGGACCGCAUGGUGCGGCUGCCGGUCAGUGCAGGCGCUUUCCUCGUGAAGGACCCCAGUGGCCACGCGGUGCCCAGCGAUGUGCUGCUGCUUCCCCAACCAGAGGGACAGAAGCCCAGCCCAGAGCUGCUGUUCUCUGCCUCGGUGCCGGCCCUGGGCUUCAGCAUCUACUCCGUAGCAGUGGUGUCUCAGCAGAAACACCAGGGCCACUUCCCCCGGUGCAUCCCCCAGAAGCCCAGGCCGGGUGUCAUCAUCAGAAACAAGUAUAUCCAGGCUACAUUCAACCCCAAGACGGGUUUCUUGAUGCAGAUUGAAGACCUGGAGAAGCAACUCGUGCUGCCCGUGAGCCAGUCAUUUUUCUGGUAUGACGCCAGUACACCUCACAUACAAGACCAUCAGCUCUCUGAAGCCUACAUCCUUAGUACCGAUGGAAUGCAGCUGCCCGUGAACAGCUCAGCUCAGAUCCACCUGCUGAAGACGCCCUUGGUGCAGGAGGUGCACCAGAACUUCUCAGCCUGGUGUUCCCAGGUGGUUCGCCUGUACCGCGGACAGUGCCACCUGGAGCUGGAAUGGACGGUGGGGCCCAUCCCUGAGGAUGACAAGUGGGGGAAGGAAGUGAUCAGUCGCUUCGACACACCGCUGGACACCAAGGGCUACUUCUACACGGACAGCAAUGGCCGGGAGAUCCUGAAGAGGAGGAGGAAUUAUCGGCCCACCUGGAACUUGAACCAGACAGAGCCAGUGGCGGGGAACUACUAUCCAGUCAACACUCGAAUUUACAUCACGGACGGGAAGAAGCAGCUGACGGUGCUGACGGAUCGCUCACAGGGAGGCAGCAGCCUGCAGGACGGCUCCCUGGAGCUCAUGGUGCACUGCAGGCUGCUGCUGGAUGAUAACCGUGGACUCGGGGAGCCGCUGCUGGAGGAGGGCUCGGGGUCAUGGGUGCGAGGGCGCCACCUCGUGCUGCUGGACGCAGUGGGCAAGGUGGCCGCAGGGCACCGGCUGCUGGCAGAGAAAGAGGCCCUGUCCCCGCAGGUGGUGCUGGCCCCGGGUGGCGGCACCCCCCAGCAACCCGGACAUGCUCGGCGCACACAGUUCUCAGGGCUGCGCCGGGAGCUCCCGCCCUCCGUGCACCUGCUCACCCUGGCCCGCUGGGGCCCAGACAAAUUGCUGCUGCGCUUGGAGCACCAGUUCGCCAGGGGGGAGGACUCAGGCUGCAACUUGAGCUCCCCCGUGACCUUGAAUUUGCAGAACCUGUUCUCCACCUUCACCAUCACCCACCUGCAGGAGACCACGCUGGCAGCCAACCAGCCCCGGGCCAGCACCUCCAGGCUCAAGUGGACACCAGACACCGGCCCUGUCCCCACCCCCAAGGUGCCCCCUCUGGACCUGGCCACCAUCACGCUGCAGCCCAUGGAGAUCCGCACCUUUGUGGCCUCGGUCCAGUGGAAAGAAGAUGCCUGGACCCCCAGGGAUGCCCCUUUACAAGCCUGAACUCUCUGCCCUGGGGAAGAGUCAGACUCCCCCCUUUUCCCCUUGUUGCUACUGCUGCCACCACCUUGAAAACCAUUAAAAUGGCACUGUGAAGGCUCGGGUCACCGUGGGACUGGUUGUGGUAUCUUUUGGAGAGAGAUAGAGUGCAUGAUCUAGAAAGGUCACCUAAGCCUAGCUGAGGU